CGAGGGGGGGGAGCCGGGCUGCAGACUGAGCUGCUGCCGCCUGCUUUAGCCAUCGCUCACACUCUUCUCACAGCUGAGGAAAACUAUAGCCUGCCAAGAUGUGCAAAGGAUUAGCAGCGCUGCCCCACACGUGCCUGGAGAGGGCCAAGGAGAUCAAGACUAAGCUGGGCACGCUGCUCCAGAAGCCUGACUCGGCCAUUGACUUCAUCAUCCCUUACCCAGAGAAGCCGGAGAAGCCGCCCAAGGCCCAGAAGCCAUCACCAGAGGAGGCUCUGCAGUGGCGUGAUUCCCUGGAGAAGCUCCUGCAGAAUCCCUAUGGGCUCGCCAGCUUCCGCAGCUUCCUGCGCUCCGAGUUCAGCGAGGAGAACGCCGAGUUUUGGGUGGCCUGCGAGGACUACAAGAAAACCAAGUCCCCUGUGAAGAUGGCAGAAAAGGCCAAGAAGAUCUACGAGGAGUUCAUCCAGACUGAGGCACCCAAAGAGGUGAACAUCGACCACUUCACCAAAGCUGUGACCAUGAAGAACCUGGUGGAGCCAUCACCAAGCAGCUUUGACAUGGCCCAGAAGAGGAUCUUUGCCCUGAUGGAGAAAGACUCUCUGCCCAGAUUUGUGCGGUCGGAGUUUUAUCAGGAGUUAAUCAAGUAGCCACGGGGCAGGGCUGUGCGAGGUGUUCCCCGCGGGCAGUCCCACUGCUUCUGUCUGAACACCUGCCCCUUCUAUUGCAGCUGCUUUGCUUUCUUGAUACCACCCUAGAAGAGCACCCAGGGGCGUUGCUAAACAUUUCCUGCUGUGCUUUGGACUGCCAGACGUCCUGAUGUUUCCUCUCUUUCCUCUCCCUCAAAACCCCCAAGUAGCAGAAAGCCCUGGUGACCCCCCCUGGGUUUGGGACCCAGAGGGGCAGCGGAGCGGCCUCAGCCCCGCAGUGACCAGGAGCCACUCGAGCCGCCGGCACGUCCCUGGCACUGCGGGGCUUGGCUUUAGUUGGAGGCCCUGAGGCCCCCCCUCUGCCUUCUUAAGACUUCUUAGGACGUGACAAUUUUUCUCCCAGUUUUGGCCGUAUCGCUGGUUUGGCCCAGGCUCGCUCCUUCCUCCCACCCUCUCUGGGCGUUGCUGAGGCUGCACGGGGUGCCCCAUGGGUGCUCCCCUCCCCGGCGAGGUCCAGUGCACUGGCAGCCCUGGGGUUUGGGGCGGGAGGGGGGCACGUCCACCUCAUGACUGGCAUCCCCUUCUCCUCAGAAAGCGGCCGAUCAGCAGGCGCAGGGACGGCUGUAGGGCAGAGCCGGGAACCGCACGGCCGUGUGCCGCAGGCUUGGCACGAGGGGUGGGCAGAGCGAGCCUGCGGCACCACUCCCCCAGUGGCUCCGCUUGCAGUCAGCUGCGAGGCAGCCUGCUGGCUUCACACUAAAGACAAUAAAGAGGAUAAAACAAGAUCUGUUUGUUCAAACCACCGGGACUGUUUAGCAACCCAGACCCCUCGCUCGCUCCAACCGCUUGCACGGCGUCCUGAGCUCACAGGCUGCAGCCCGUGCCCGUGUCCCCAGGGCCUACGCGCGGCCCUCAGCAGUGCUGGUGGCUGCUGGUGUGCUCGCAUUCCAGCUUCGGGGAGGGGUGCUGCAGUGAUUUCUUGCUCCAGUUGCUUCUCUCUGCAGUAGGCACGCCAAAGCGAUACUUCUGCACAAACCCAAUCGAGGGGCGUUGGUGAGAGGAGGGAGGACAAUCAUGUUGGGGGAGAAAAAGCUGCAAUUGCAACUGUUCAGGUCCAAUAAAAAAGAACCCUAAAUCCAAAAAAACAAAUCCAAACCCCAAACCGUCAUUGGAAAUAUGAAAAAUAAACCCCUGGCUUUUUGAGCAAACGCCAAACUCUGCUGAGUUUGUGUAGCCUGCAUGUCUCUCUCCUGAUUCCUCCUGUCUGCCCAGGACAUGUUUCCACAUGGCUGCCUCUUAAAAAGACCAGCUCUUUUCAAAUGAUGCUAAGCCAGCCCACUGUUAGCUACCAGAAGAAAUCACAACUGAGGAUGGGGCAAGGGCAUACGUGAAAGGCGGCUGGGGUCUCAUUUCAGCCUCGAGGCGAAGGCGAUGAACUCCCGCUCCGUGGGGCCUGGACGUUCCAUCCCUGCGAUGGUUUCCUGGUGCAGCAUCCGCAGGGCUGUGUCUUGCAAGGGGCACGCUGCAGGGAUGGAGCUGCCCAGCCAGCAACCCGACAGACGCCGGUGAAAUCACAAGUGACCCCGCUCCCAGAAAUCGGACUGGCUACCCCCGGCGGCUCAACCUCAACUGCAAGUCAUGAGACUCCAUCUGAAAUGCUGUAACAUAAACAACAGGUUUGCCAGCCUCUUCAAGACUUUCAAAAUCUGAUCAAAACUCCACCAGCCCCAAAUAUUUACAUGCUGUCACUAUGGUGAUGAAGAAAAAUAUAUCCCGAGCUGGAGGAAGUGGGCUGCUUUUCCAGGCGGGGAUGGGAAGGCAGAGGAAGGAUGGAAGCUAUCACAAACGUGACUGUUUUUUUUUUUCUCUGGAGCAAAUGGCCUGGGAAAGUCGGUGCUGGAGCGGCAGGGGGUGAUGCUCGUGGGGCAUUCCCCUGGGGUGAGCGCAGGGGGCGGCUUGGGCGGCCCCAAAAAGUCCGAGGAAGCCCACAGGCGGCAGGAGGGUCCUGUCAAAAGGGCUCAGGAUCCCCCGGCAGCGCCCACUGCCCAGAGCUGGUGGGCAGCAAGGGGGAGGCAGGAGCGGGGCUGGGUGCUGGAGGGGGCUCGGCCAGCCCUUCUGCUGCAGGAUGCUCCCACUGCCUCUGCCUGGAGAGCUUCUCCACCCUCCUGAUGUCUCCACGAACUGGUGUCAAGACAAGAGGGUUUUGCGUGUUCAAUCUCCCUAUUCAUGGCAUGACUCAUAGAAAUGCAAAACCAGACUUCCCUGAAAAAAGACCCAGAUCUUUCAUUUUUUAUUUAAUCCUUUGGCAGCUAUUUCCAGAUACCCUCACACGUUUCGCAGUUAAAAGCUGGGAUGUUUCACAGCCAAAGCUGGGAUGCUGCUGGAGGCUGGCUUGCUGCUUGUCGUCAAAACCUGAGAUGUCACUAGCUGCAACAGCAACGUAUGGGGCAGGGAGAAGGUGUCUGGGUAUGUAUGUGCCGAAAAGAAAUGCAGAGACUGGAUUCAGGAGAGGUAAAACAGCUCUAUUGGAAAUCCCUCCCCAGCUUGAUUUCUGCUAAAACAUUGGAAGCCUACUUUUGGGGGUGAUUGAACAGGUGCCAGUGAGCUACUGGGUGGCCAUCAGAUAUGGCCCCUGAAGCAUUUCAGAGCUCUUGGGAAGUUGUGUUUGUGUAGAAGGAUCGUUUGGCUAAUUACUUGGGUGGGCUCACUCCAGAAAAGCAGCAAUACCUGUUCCCACUCCACGGCCAAGCUUUCCGCAGGCCCACGGGUAUUUACUGUUGGGCCGAUAUCAACCAUUAUAUUUCUGGUAGGAAAUACUUCAUGUAUUUUAUCGCUCUUGCUCUCAUGAAGUUCAGCAUAUGUAUGAGCACUAUACACACGACGUUGUACAUCUAUAGCCAUAAACAUAUACGAGUAUACACACACACAUAUAUACAUACCUCUAACACAGGCAUCUGCAUCCCCAGUGAGUCAGAGAGCCAAAAAGCAGAGUUUCUGGAUAUUGUGCUUGGGGUCUGUCACGGAGAUGAGCGUGCAUGGGUUUCACAUGGUGCUGGAUGCCAUCGAAGAAAACCCUGGCCAUCCACCCGAGUGAACAUGAAGGUGCAUCUUCCAAAAUAUCCUCUGAAAUCACCCUGGGUGCCUGCAGCCUGGGUGCAUCCUGGCGCCCGAGCCGGCGCAGGAGGUGGGUCUCGUGCUCUCGGAGGGACCCUGACCCCUGCCGUGGGGCAAGGCAACCCCACGUUGCAGCCGGGGUCCCUGGGCACCAGGCGCUGCCUCCGUGCCUCCCCGGCGCCCACUCCUCACCACGGGGACAUGUGGAGGCGGGCUCCCUGCAGCUGCAUCCCUCAGAUUAACGCACAGGGAUUGUUUGCUGCGUGUUUUCUGAUUAAUUCAGUGACCUGGACCCUCGCACCUCACCAGCCACGGUGUGCAUCACCCAGCUCUCCUGCCCCGUGCUGAGGCAGGGCUCUGCCAGUGCUGCCCAGUCCCAGCCCUGGGGAGUGCCGUGGCUACCCACGGCGGGCUGAGGGUGUCCCAGGGCUCAUCCAGGCUCCCCCCAGACCUUGUUCACUCCCUGGAAGGUGCCAAGUGCCAUGGCCAAGGGCUGGAGCAAGGUCAGGAGGGGGGAUCGGCUCCUCACACCCAAGAGCAGCAGGUUUGCAGUCUGACAUUCUCUGUGUGAUUUCCACUAGAGACCUUCAUAUGAGGAAGAUGCGGGACACUGGUGUGCACUGGGGAACUGGUUGUGUUAGCCCGUAUUCUUGUACCACUCAGUAAUCCACACAUAAACAUGAAUUUCUGCUACUA